GGCAGGGAAGGAAGGCAGGGAAGGAGGUGCCUUGUUGCUGCGCCCUGGCUGCUGCUGCUGCUGGCUCAGUCCUUGCUUGGAGCCCUGGCAUGGUGUAAGGGAAGGCAAGGCAAAGCAGGAGGGCACCCAGGAAGAGGGAAAAGAAGGCAAGGCAUGGCUUGGUGAAGCCCAGGCCUGCUUUUAACCGGAGGAGAAACUUUCCUGAAGGUCCUGCUGGACUCCUUUCGCCUGGGGCAAUGCAGCUAUCAUGUAAUAUACUACUCAUCUCUUACAGUCUACUGAGUCACCUUCAUCUCAUUGGAAUCACACCCUGAAACCAUGGAUUGAGUGCUGGUGUUUGUGGUCUCUCUGUAAUCAAUAGCAUCAACAAUGUCCCCCCAAGGAACAUCAAAGUAGGGUAUUUGCAGCAGCUGCCCUACAGAAACAAAAAGAUGAUGAGCGAUGCAAGUGAGAUGCUGGCUGCAGCUUUGGAACAGAUGGAUGGCAUUAUUGCAGGUUCCAAGGCUUUGGAAUAUUCUAAUGGCAUCUUUGACUGCCAGUCCCCAACAUCUCCAUUCAUGGGGAGCCUGCGAGCCCUGCAUCUGGUGGAAGAUUUGCGUGGUUUAUUGGAGAUGAUGGAAGUAGAUGAAAAAGAGGGAUUGCGUUGUCAAGUUCCGGAUUCGACAGCAGAGAUUUUGAUCGAAUGGCUACAGAGCCAAAUGACAAAUGGCCAUAUAUCUGCCAAUGGAGAUGUGUAUCAGGAGCGGCUUGCACGUUUGGAAAAUGACAAGGAAUCUCUGGUUCUGCAAGUGAGUGUUCUAACUGACCAAGUGGAUGCUCAAGGAGAAAAGAUCAGAGAUUUGGAACUAUGCCUAGAAGAACACAGGGAGAAGCUGAAUGCCACAGAAGAAAUGCUACAGCAGGAACUGUUAAGCAGGACAUCCCUUGAAACUCAAAAGCUUGACCUUAUGGCGGAGGUUUCCAACUUGAAGCUCAAGUUGACUGCUGUCGAAAAGGAUAGGCUAGACUAUGAAGACAGAUUCCGAGACACAGAUGGUUUGAUGCGGGAAAUUAAUGAAUUACGCUUAAAAGUAGGAGAAAUGGAUAGUGAGAGACUUCAGUAUGAGAAAAAACUUAACUCUACCAAAUCUUUAAUGGCCAAACUUUCUAGCAUGAAAAUCAAAGUGGGCCAGAUGCAGUAUGAAAAGCAGCGGAUGGAACAAAAAUGCCAAAUGUUAAAGGAAGAACUAGCAUCUUUAAAAGAUAAAUUAGAACAAAAGGAAGGAGAAAUAAAACGUUUGCAAGAAAGACUGGUUCACCAAGGGAAAGGAGAAGGGGUUGACAUAAAUGAUAGAGAUGAAAAUUGUAAAAAGAAGCUGAAAGACAAAAAUAUUGAAGUACAGAAAAUGAAGAAAGCAGUGGAAUCUCUAAUGGCAGCAAAUGAAGAAAAGGAUCGGAAGAUAGAAGAACUCCGACAAGCUCUCAAUCGAUAUAAGAAAGUGCAGGAUAUGGUGAUACUGGCUCAGGUCAAAAAAGGCAAGGAUGAUGAAUAUGAGGAGUCUGCCAAUUCAGGAUCUGUUUCAGUAACCUUGUCAGAUGCACAGAAUCUAAGUGAACUUGAGAAAAGUCCAUCUCCUACACCAGUUACAGGCUCUCCAAACCAUGCAGAAUUUAGACCAAAAACUCCUGAAGAGCAUCCACUACAGAUCCAUACAAGCGUCUUGCAAGUUUCCAUCCCUUCUUUUUCACCAUCAAUCAGACGUUCAGAUGAAUCUACUGAUAAAGCGAAUGCCCAGUCAAAAAUGGAAAUUACAGGUCAAGUGAGUGAGAACACACCAAUGGCCUCUAUAGAAGCCCAGCUAAGUGAUACAAAAUUUAUGAAGCGUCUCCAAGCAAGUUAUAUAGCACCAGGGAUUUACAGAAUAUUAACUUCAGCCCUGCAAAAAUCCAGUAGCUUGGGGAACCUGAAGAACGAAGCAACUGAUGGCAAAGAGGCUGGACAAAAGCAAGAAGAGAGCAAAACACCCACAGAUAGUAGCAAGUAUGGAACCCUUCCUCCUAAAUCCCCCGGAGAGGACGAUGCCUUUGGAACCCGUAAAGCUCGGUCUUCAUUUGGGAGAGGCUUUUUCAAGAUCAAAAGUAACAAGCGGACAGCAAGUGCACCUAACUUGGAUCGCAGUCGAAGUGCAAGUGCACCCACCUUAGCGGAGACAGAAAAAGGAUCUGCAGACCAUUUAGAUCUGGCUGGCUUGCCUCCUCGACCUAAAGGUACUGUAGGUGGGCCUCUGACUCCACCUUCUCCUGAUUCUAAAAAGAAAGCCAGAGGAAUCAAGAAAUUAUUUGGAAGACUCCGGAGGAGCCAAUCUACCACAUUUAAUCCAGAUGACAUGACUGAGACGGAGUUCAAGAGAGGAGGAACGAGAGCAACUGCAGGACCAAGAUUAGGCUGGUCGAGAGAUCUUGGGCAAACCAAUAAUGAUCUGGACAUGCCAUUUGCUAAAUGGACAAAAGAACAAGUCUGCAACUGGCUUCAGGAUCAGGGUUUGGGUUCUUACAUAGGUAAUGGAAAACACUGGAUACUCUCUGGUCAGACUCUCCUGCAAGCUUCUCAGCCUGAUUUAGAAAAAGAACUUGGAGUAAAGCACCCACUGCAUCGGAAAAAACUUCAGCUUGCUCUUCAGGCAUUAGGCUCAGAAGAAGAAAACAACCAUGGGAAACUGGAUUACAAUUGGGUUACAAGAUGGCUGGAUGAUAUUGGACUACCUCAGUAUAAGACACAGUUUGAUGAAGGAAAGGUGGAUGGGCGAAUGCUUCAUUAUAUGACUAUCGAUGACUUAUUAUCUUUGAAAGUUGUGAGUGUCCUUCACCACCUUAGCAUUAAACGUGCCAUUCAAGUCUUAAGAAUAAAUAACUUUGAACCCAACUGUCUGCGCAGGAGACCUUCGGAUGAGAAUAACAUCACACCAUCAGAAGUUUCCCAGUGGACCAACCAUCGGGUUAUGGAGUGGCUGCGUUCUGUUGAUCUUGCAGAAUAUGCUCCUAAUUUGAGAGGGAGUGGUGUUCAUGGUGGGCUAAUGGUUUUGGAACCUCGUUUCAAUGUAGAGACCUUGGCACAGCUCCUUAACAUCCCCCCAAACAAGACACUGCUAAGGCGGCACUUGGCAACUCACUUUAAUUUGCUGAUUGGUCAGGAGGCCCAGCAUCAAAAACGUGAAGCUAUGGAAUCACCAGAUUAUGUCCUCUUAACAGCUACAGCCAAAGUAAAGCCAAAGAAACUUGCUUUUAGUAAUUUUGGAAAUUUAAGAAAGAAGAAGCAGGAUGAUGGGGAAGAGUACGUGUGCCCAAUGGAAUUGGGGCAGGCAUCAGGAAUUGGAUCAAGGAAAGGGUUUAAGCCAGGUUUAGAUAUCAGAGUAUAUGAUGAUGAUGAUCUGGACAGACUGGAGCAGAUGGAAGAUUCAGAAGGUACCGUGAGGCAAAUAGGAGCAUUCUCUGAAGGCAUCAACAACUUGACUCACAUGUUAAAGGAAGAUGAAAUGUUCAAAGACUUUGCUGCACGGUCACCGAGCACCAGUAUGACAGAUGAAGAUUCGAAUGUGUGACAGUGUCAACAGUGAACCCAUUUGUUUUGUGAUAGAUCUUGGAGUGCCAGCCACUGUUAUAUGUGAUGGAUACAGUGCAUCAUGUAAUUUAGGAUUACUUUUGCUUCAGGCUGAUAAUUUUCAGGGGAAUUUGAAGACAAGAGGUGCCUAUACAAAACUUGCCAUAAAUAGGGAGGGAGGGACACUCCAGAUACCCAAGUGGGGAAAACAUAUGUUUUUUCUCUCUAAUGUAGAAACUUGUAUAUAUUUUAGAGCAUCACAUUGA